AUGGUAGCUGAAAGCAUAACCUCUGGUGAUAGUAGCACAUCUGUCAACACCAGCUCUAAUGUGGCCUCCAGUGGGGCUAGUACAGCCUCCAACAUUGGAUCCAGCAUAACCUCUGGUGGGACCAGUGCAGCCUCCAGUACUGCAUCCAGCGUGACCCUCAGUGGGUCCAGCACAGCCUUUAGUACUGGAUUCAGCACAUCAUCCAAUGAGACUAGCACAGUCUCAAACAUUGGAUCCAGUGUGAGCCCCAGUGAAACCAGCACAACCUCCAGUACGGGAUCCAGUGUAACCCCCAAUGGGACCAGCACACCUGCCAACCCUGGUUCUAGCACAAUACCCAGUGGAACCAGCAUAACCUCCAGUAUUGGGUUCAGUAUGACCUCCAGUAGGACCAGUACAUCUGCCAACACUGACUCCACAACUCACAGUGGGGCCAGUACAAUCCCCAACACUGGCUCCAGCAUGACUUUUAGUGAGACCCGCACAACCUCCAAUACUGGAUCCAGUGUGACCCUCAGUGGAAUCAGCACAGCCUUCAGUACUGGAUCUAGCACAGCUGCCAACACUGGAUCCAGCAUGACUUCCAGUGGGACCAGCACAGCUGCCAACACUGGAUCCAGUACAACCAUAGGAGGCUUGGGCACACCUUCUUCAACUGGAAUGCACACUAUUUCCAAUAGAAUUAGCACAAGUGCUGCUGCUUCAGAGAAUAAAGUGAAGCCCAGUGGGUCGCUGAAGCCAUGGGAAAUCUUCCUCAUUACUCUAGUCUCAGCUGUAGUGGCUGUGGGAUUCUUUGCUGGGCUCUUCUUCUGUGUGAGAAACUCCCUGUCCCUGGGAGAUGUCUUUGACACAGGUGUCUACCACCCCCACGGCCUCCACCUUAGCCCGGGCCCUGGAGGGAAUCAUGGAGUUCACCACAGGCCUCAGUGGGGCCCUAACUGGUUCUGGAGGAGAACAGUAUCUUCCACAGUCAUGGAGAUGAGAGGGAGACCUUAA